UCACCUUGUGUCCAUACAGUCACUGGACCAAAUUAUUCAUGGGUGAGUCUUGUGUCUGCCCAGUGAAACCCAACCCAAUCUUCUUCAUUGGAUCCCCAUCUACAGCACAUAAUAAACUGAAAGAUCUCAUAGAUCCUCACCAGCAGCAGUGUGCGCACGAGGCACAGCACGUCUCCAGUCUCACUCCACAGACUCCGCGCUAGUUUGAAUAGAUCACAAUCCGCGCAGCCAAGGAAACCCAGCAAAAACUUUGCCUCCAAAUCCCCGGGCCGUCCGGGUGGGGUUGAGACGCAAACAAAAGCACUCUUCUUAAAAAAAAAACAGUAGGCUACCAGCUGCAAACUAAUUUAGUUCGGAUACAAAUUGAAGAAGAUAAACGGAACCGAUCGGAGUCUCCACGUUUUAACGCAAAACUUUUUCUGGGCUCAUUGAAUGCGGAUCGAGCAUCACACUAAAGGAAUGAAGAUGGAAAUAAUGUGGACAAUCAUUGUACUGGGUGCCCUCAUCCAUGGCACACAAUCCAAUUCUACUGAUACAACCUCUCAAAUCAUUCCUACUCUAUCACCCCAGCAAAACACAACUACUGAACUAAACGCGCAAACCAAUCUUACUCAACCAUCCACGCAAACCAAUCUUCCUCAACCAUCCACGCAAACCAAUCUUCCUCAACCAUCCACGCAAACCAAUCUUCCUCAACCAUCCACGCAAACCAAUCUUCCUCAACCAUCCACGCAAACCAAUCUUCCUGAACCAUCCACGCAAACCAAUCUUCCUGAACCGUCCACGCAAACCAAUCUUCCUCAACCGUCCACGCAAACCAAUCUUCCUCAACCGUCCACGCAAACCAAUCUUCCUCAACCAUCCACGCAAACCAAUCUUCCUCAACCAUCCACGCAAACCAAUCUUACUCAACCAUCCACGCAAACCAAUCUUCCUCAACCAUCCACGCAAACCAAUCUUCCUCAACCAUCCACGCAAACCAAUCUUCCUGAACCGUCCACGCAAACCAAUCUUCCUCAACCGUCCACGCAAACCAAUCUUCCUCAACCGUCCACGCAAACCAAUCUUCCUCAACCAUCCACGCAAACCAAUCUUCCUCAACCAUCCACGCAAACCAAUCUUCCUCGACCAUCCACGCAAACCAAUCUUAAUCAACCACAGACUAAUUCUACUGUCUCAUCACUGCAAACCAGUCCUUCUGAUAUAACUACACCAAGGUAUACAGCCAGUAGUGUAGGUCCUAAACCAUCCAACCCUGCAGCAACAAAUUCUACCAUUUCUCCAAGUCAACAAACAGACCCACGUCAAGCUGAAAAAAUCAAAGAAAUUAAGAAAGACCUGAAUGAAACCUGCAACACGAUUCUUCAGAAAAAACAAGGCAAUUGCUCAGUGGACAAAAAAGGCAAUACAUUAAUUUUAACAGUAACAGUGGACGAUUUACAAGAUCAUACCAACAAAACCCCUACAAACACAGAACAGAAGGAAGAAAAAAAGGAUGAGGUCAUACCAGACACAUUAAUCGCCAUUCUGGCUUCAUGUGGCGCAUUGGUGCUUAUUCUGUGCUGCUUCGCUGCUUACUGCACAUAUCAUCGCAGAUCUUACAGAAAGAACCAGCAACACCUGACGGAAGAGCUACAGACGGUGGAAAACGGUUAUCAUGACAACCCCACGCUGGAGGUGAUGGAGGUACAACCGGAGAUGCAAGAAAAGAAACCGGCAUUGAAUGGAGAGUUUAACGACAGUUGGAUCGUCCCCAUAGACAACCUGCUGAAAGAGGACAUGCAAGAUGAAGAAGACACCCACUUAUAAAGACACCGCAUGAGCCAGAAUGUAAGGAAAGCAUAGAUUGCUGAAUAAGGACUAUUUAAACGGCCAUGGUGCCUUGAUGUAUAUGCUGUAAUUAAGUAGUUAAAGGUCAAACGCGCUAUAGCGACAGUGGAAAAAUUUACAUUGGGCACAUUGUGUGCCGCAUCUACGGAACAGGAAAAUUCAGACUUCCGUACAUGGAAGCACAGUCUGUGUCCCUUCCUCGUGCCUUACUUUAUGUGGUAUCGCACUCGGAUAAUAAAUCAGAUAGGAUUGCUAAGGGGUGCAAAAUUUCUGGUAAAUUUCCAAAACUUUCCAUGGGAACUGAAUCUGGGGAAUUUUGGAAAUAUUCCAAAUUGGAAACUUAACUGCAAUUAUUUGGAAAUGUAUAUGAUCAAUAUCAUAUACAAACAUAAAUAAACAUUUUGUUUGGUUAUAAGCAGACACGCAUUCAAGGUAAUACAGAUUUUCUUCUAUGGAAAGUUUCCAGCCGUGAAAAAUCCCAGAAUUUUGCAACCGUAGACUUGUAGACUAGUUAGCAUCCUGCAAGGAAAUCUCUUAAGAAAUGCUCAUAAGAAUUUGUAUUAUUACGUAUUUCAUGAGGUCACUUAUUCCUAUCAUUUUUGUAUGAUUUGCUUUCGCCCCAUGACGUUGGGGUUAGCGGCGAGGUUUAAUUAUUGCUUUUUAUGAUAAAUGACGUUUUUGAAGAAUUCACUUCAUAAAAAUUCAUCAACUUGUAAAAUCUGUACCGAUUAUCGUAAUAUCAGACUGUAAUCAACUCACUCAUAUACACCACACAAACAGUAGCACAAACUAUACUGAGGGUAAAAUGUUUUUAUUUUUUUGUAAGAUUUUUACUGAUAUUUUUAUUAUUGAAUGCAGUUUAUUUUGAAUUGAUAUUGCAUGGGACCUUGUUGACCAUUUUCUUUUUCUUCUUUUUUUUGAUCAGAGCUCAUAAUUUUUGAUUUUCUAGUCACUGGCAAGUUUUGGUUUCACACUUAAAUUUAAAUUAGUCUCACUUAUAGAUAUAAUUGUAAGUAUCAUGAUGCACAUCUUCAGAGAAAUGUGCAUUGUUGCGUGUACAUAAUUUUUGAUACUUUCUAGAUAUAAUUAACACUAAUAGACAACAACACUGUGACCAAUGGAUAAAUCAUCCUGGUAAACUACAGGCAAUAUAUGGAUAUACAGAAUAACCUGUAAAUACUCUUCAGUAUUGCAUCCGAGGUGUAUACUGUACAAAUAUGUUGAACAGUGGAGAUGAAAAUGUUUGGAGACAAAACCUUAUUUUGUGUACAGAUGAUAUUUGCAUUAUUUUACCUUUGAGUGGUUACAGUUUUGUCAACUCAAACUAAUUAACUUUACCCGUGAGUCUUGAUGUGUUCUUUUCUCUUUGUGUAGGGAUUUUAUUUAUGUUUAUGAUUUCAGCAAACAUUAAAUGUUUUAUGUAUUCGCAUGCACCACACCAAUUUUGAUGGGGACUUACUGCUGCCUCAUUUUAACUGAUCUGUAUUCACCAAAGUAUUUCCUUUGAUUUGUUUAAGCUAUAUCUUAUAUUUUAAGUCAGUUUGCCCACGUGUGCAAAGGACAGGGGUCUGAUACACUGGAAGCCGCAUCUCUGUCAUGUUUCUGUCUGGGGGCGGCCAUGAAUUUAAAUAAAAAUAAACGUUGUGAUUUUUUUAA